AGGAGAAGGAGGAGAAGGAGCCUCCUCCCGUUGGGCUCCGUCAAGCUGUGGAGGGCGCAGCCAAAAUGAACAGCAGAGUGACUUUCUUCGAGGUGGAAAUCCUGGACUACAAGACAAAGAAACAGCUCUGCUUCUUGGAUAAGGUCGAACCUCAUGCCUCAAUUAAUGAUAUUAGAUUGAUGUUCCACAAAUUUUAUCCCCAGUGGUAUCCAGCAAGACAAUCGAUCAGACUCGACCCCAAAGGAAAAUCCCUGCGGAAUGAGGAGAUCUUGCAAAAGCUUCCUGUUGGCACAACGGCUACUCUCUAUUUUAAAGAUUUGGGGCCACAGAUAGGUUGGACAAUGGUGUUUUUGAUAGAGUACACUGGUCCACUCUUCGUCUAUCUCCUAUUUUACCUCCGGAUGCCUUUUGUCUACAGCCUGGACAAGAAGCUCAUGUCGCAAUCCCACACCGUUGUGAACCUGGCAUGUGUCUGCCAUUCCUUCCACUACAUCAAAAGGUUGAUUGAAACAAUAUUUGUUCAUCGAUUCUCCCAUGGGACUAUGCCACUGAGGAGUAUUGUGAAGAACUGCUUCUAUUACUGGGGAUUUGCUGCUUGGCUUGCUUAUUACAUCAAUCAUCCUCUUUACACGCCUCCUUCCUAUGGACAAAAGCAGAUCAAUUUUUCUCUGAUCAUGUUUCUUUUGUGUGAAGCUGGGAAUUUCUCCAUUCAUGUGGAGCUCAAUAACUUAAGCGGCAAUGGAUCGAAGGCUCGCCUGAUCCCAUAUCCAAACAAGAACCCAUUCACCUGGCUCUUUUUCUUUGUCUCUUGCCCUAACUAUACCUACGAGGUAGGGACGUGGAUCAGUUUCACCAUCAUGACGCAGUGCGUGCCAGUGGGAUUAUUCACCCUGAUUGGUUUCAUUCAGAUGACCAUCUGGGCCAAGGACAAGCACAGCACCUACAUCAGAGAGUUCAAGGAUUACCCAAGCUUCAGGACGCCAAUCAUCCCUUUCUUGCUGUAGGAAGCAAGCAAUGGGAGGGCACUUCAGCGGACCUACAGGAAGGAGAUCAGACGGGCUCUGAUCGUCUCGGUUUUCUCGAAAGGCGGUGAUCUCCUU